AUGGAGUGUCCUACGAGAUCUUCUUCGGCCGCGUUGGUCUCCCUCCUCCUUUUCUUCGUCGGCGCGUUUGUCUUUACGCGCCUCCUCCUCAACUCCUCUACACAUACUCUAGUAGGUAAAUCGGCCCAGGAUGCAAUAGUAACUAUUGACGCAUCCCAGUUACACCCUCAACAAACCCCUGUUCUUCCCAAGACACCCCCAAACACACUCAAAAUCCCACUUGAUUGCCCUGCCUACAACCUCACCGGAACCUGCCCCUCAAACUACCCCACCACCUCCUCCCCAGACCAAGAUCACAACCGUCCAUCUCAGCCCACGUGUCCUGAUUUCUUCCGUUGGAUACACGAGGACCUAAAGCCGUGGGCCUACACGGGGAUCACAAGGGACACGUUUGAGGCGGCGAACCGUACGGCGGCGUUUAAGCUGGUGAUCGUAAACGGCAAGGCGUACUAUCAGAAAUACGUCAAGGCGUUUCAGAGCAGAGACACUUUUACGCUGUGGGGGAUCUUGCAAUUACUGCGUAGGUACCCAGGGAAAGUGCCUGAUUUGGAGCUCAUGUUUGACUGCGUCGACUGGCCGGUGAUCUUGUCAAGCUCAUUUACCGGGCCUAAUUCUACUGCACCACCACCAUUAUUUCGUUACUGUGGGGAUAACAACACACUGGAUAUAGUCUUCCCUGAUUGGUCCUUUUGGGGAUGGCCUGAAACUAAUAUAGCUCCAUGGGAGAACUUGUUGGAGCAGCUAGUGGAAGGUAACAGGAGAAGCAGAUGGGUGGACAGAGAGCCUUAUGCUUAUUGGAAGGGGAAUCCGAAGGUCGCUGAAACAAGGCAAGACCUCCUAAAGUGUAAUGUUUCCGAGGAACAUGAGUGGAAUGCUCGCGUUUAUGCUCAGAAUUGGACUCUAGAAGAAAAGGCUGGUUUCAAGAAAUCGGAUUUGGCCAGCCAAUGCGUUCAUAGGUAUAAGAUAUAUAUAGAAGGGUCUGCUUGGUCUGUGAGUAACAAGUACAUUCUUGCUUGUGAUUCGGUUACCUUACUAGUAAGGCCCCGAUACAACGACUUCUUCAUGAGAGGUUUGAUGCCGGUGCACCACUACUGGCCCGUCAGGGAUGAUGACAAGUGCAGGUCUAUCAAGUAUGCUGUAGAUUGGGGAAACAGCCACCAGAAAAAGGCACAAGCUAUAGGAAAGGCUGCAAGUAACUAUAUCAAAGAGGAUCUGAAGAUGGACUAUGUGUAUGACUACAUGUUUCAUCUUUUGAGUGAAUACGCAAAGCUCUUGCGAUUCAAGCCCACCGUACCUCCAGAAGCUAUCGAACUCUGCUCAGAGACAAUGGCGUGCCAAGCAGAAGGACUAGAGAAGAAGUUUAUGAUGGAAUCCAUGGUGAAGGGUCCUGCAGUCACUAGCCCAUGUACCAUGCCUCCUCCAUAUGACCCUGCAUCUCUUUUUUCAGUACUUAGGAGACGAUCAAAUAUAAUUAAACGGGUAGAAACACUGGAGAAGAAUUACUGGGAACAUCAAAAUAAGCAAUAA